GAUGACGUAGACAAUAUUACAGUGACUGAGAAGAACCCAUAGGCUUUCGAAAAACGGAAAGAGAAUUACUUUCUGCGUUUUUAUUGGAAGUGCAUCGCUGUUCACGUUGGCUGCUAAACUUCUCUGACAUGCCGGGGACUGUCAAAAAGAAGCACUGUGUCACCUGCAAUUGAGGAUCUCUCUCUCUCUCUCGCUACACAUUCGAUCUCUCUUUCUCUCAGUCUUCAUCUUAUGAGUAAAUCAUUCUGUUAAUUAAGGGUUGGUCAAAAGAACACAGAAAUGUAUUCAAAUUUUUUUUUCUAAAUUAACCCAAACCAGCCUUGAAAUUUAUUUUGCUAUUUUAUCUUUAUAAUCAAAAAGCAUGCACUUCCCUAUUUUUCCCACAGAAAAUAUUUACAAUAAGGUUUCGACUGGUCACAUUAAAAGGCAGUGCUACUGCAGCACAGUCAAAAUUUAGUAUUCAAAGGCCACUAUGAUCAGUUGCAAUUAGUUUUCCUAUCAUUUAACAGAGGAAGUAACUAAUAUACUAAAACGGUGCUCAGGCAAAAAGCUGGGGUCUUGCGGGGGAAAUAAAAGCAGCUUUAAGGGAAAUGUGUAGUCAAGUGUGAAAUUACAGCCCAUGGUGUUACAUAUUGUACCAGAAGCUCCCUCCAAAAAUACUAACAAAAAGAAAAAUCGUCCCCAAAUUUGGCCGGGAGGCAUAACAUAACAUGGCCUCCUGUUCUUUUAGCCGAACCCACGACGGUCACAGUACGAAUACUUUAUAAAUCUAAGUACCUUCUUUAGUAAACCAAAACCUGGAUUUUUUAAGUCAAAUUAGUACAGGCAGACUUGUUUUUAACAUUAUUUAGGCUGCUGAAAUUCAGCUCUAUUUUCACUUGUCAUUUCAGAAGGACGUACAUUUAAAAGCAAUCAACACCAACGAAAAUAUUUAUAACAAAAAUGAAUAAUCAUAAACAUGCAUGAACAUAUUUAGACCGUGAGCAGAACUGUAGAUUUUGAUUCAAAGGCAUUUUUAAAAUAUGUAUUUAUAACUUUAUCGACUGAUUUCGCUGUAGGGAUAAAAAUAAACAUCCUCAUUGGGGACUAUACAGUAAGCUAAUAUCUAAAACCAAAACCGUUCUAUAAUAUUUAUAAAUAAAUAACAUAUACAUUUUACAAAUAGGCCUUCUAUAUAUUUUUUUACUUACGUAUUGUAACUGUAAAUAUUGUGCCCUUAUACGAUUGGUCUCUCUUAAAUGGCAAAUGCAUUUGAUGAAAUAAUAAAAUGCUGAAUCGACUUAUUACAUGUACAGUAUAGCCCUACAUGAAAACGAGUCACAUAUUCAUAUACGUCGUUAUUAUACUAAGAUAUAAAAAAUAUGUGAAGCCUAGCAGUUAUAAACUGCAUGAUCAACUAUAAACAAACUGAUCAAAGUCAUAACUGAGUCGUAUGUCAGUUAUAUUUUUUUCUGACGGGUUAGCUACAUCUGAGAUGAACGUAAAAAAUAAAACACAUAAAACAAGAUAAAAACAAAAAAUUACGGACAAAUAUUGAGUUCAUUGUGUGUUAUUAAUAAUAAAGAGAUUUGUUAAAUACCCAUAAAACAAACUUGAGGAACCUUUCUUGGUUGAAUAAAGCAAACUAGGCAGCGCCAUCUACAGAUAUACCUACAACACAACACACCCAACCGCAUGGUCAAGACACAACCCCUCAUCUAACAUGACAAGCAACAAACCUACCUUGUUAUUGUAUCAAAAGCAAUUUAGAUAGUAUUACAGUACUUCUCCUAUGUCACCAAGCUGUUCAAUGGACGAGCAAACGUUCAGAAAUAAGAAUUACAUUUUCAGGUCUUUCUUUUUCACUCCAUAAUGUAUACUUUAUUUUAAAAGUUUUAAUAUUCCCGUAAAAAAUAUCAAAUAAAAUGCAUUAAAACGAUCAAAUAAAGCCUACGUAAAAUCCAACAUAUAAAUUAUUUACCGACUACAUAACCGGUGAACAUAACCAACAAAAACAUCCGAUAAGACCGGAAUACGAAAAGUAUAACAGAAAGGGGAUCCAAAACAUUAUUAUGAAUUCUUGGAGCUUCCUCCAUGCAAACGAUCUUUUAAAUUGAUUUCAACUUGGCAACACUGCGCACAACUAUAAUACAAAAUAAUUACAUUCACUCUUUUAGGUCACCAAUAUGAUUAAAAAUUGAUUUACUUAGUUUGACAACAUAUAUAGUUUUGAAAUACCGCGAGGCUUGGUCGCUGGUGUUACCGCUUCCUUUCCACUUGUCUUUUAAUUUCCUCGAUUUUUUAACCCAUCUCUCCUCAUUUCCCUGUUUGCAUCCCUCCCCUUCCGAAGUGUCAGAUGAAGAGACCUCCUCAUUUGGUGCUUCAGCUUUUUGCGUUGGCGAAUCACAAAGUGUUGGAAUCUAUUGCCUUUGUCUGACAUGUCAUCCAUCUCUAUGCGAGGGGGGAUCUGGGGAGGAGGGGGCGGUGGACUGCAGCUUUUAGAAACAGACACACUGCGAAGAGGGGUUUCAGUCUCAGCCCAAAGCUUCUAACAGGCACAUCCCAUUCUUGAAGAGAGGGGGACCGAGAGACACUCGCCGUGUCCAUGUUUUUUCCUGUCAUCCCCGCACGAACCUGACUGUACCCCUCAGACUUCACCAGAAACGCUUCUUCAUAUCGAGGAAUUUACACUGCAGAGGACACUGGAGGAGACGCAACCACAAAUGCUUGCGUUCCCUUAAAUAUGUAGCUAACAAAUAUUAACUGAACGACUGAUUACGCUAACGGCUCUGCGUAAUUUUUGAGAGACGAGUGCAGGACAUGAUCUGCACCUGACCAGCCUCGUGUCUUCAUUGAAUGGACUGAACAGCACGAGAUAAAGUUCAUCGCGCGCCUGAAGAACUUCUGUACACAUCGGAAGCACUCUGCUUUGAACGGAUAGCAAUCUUUAUUAAUUCCAAUUUAAGCCACAUAAUCAAGUCGAGACGGCGACCUCAGUCGAUUAUCUUUCCUUCCUUUGCUAUCCCAUGGAUAUUCACUGCAAAGCAGACCCCUUCUCGGCGAUGCACCGGCACGGCGGUGUGAACCAGCUAGGAGGGGUGUUUGUGAAUGGCAGACCCCUACCUGACGUGGUCAGGCAAAGAAUCGUGGAGCUCGCGCACCAAGGAGUCAGACCUUGUGACAUCUCAAGACAAUUACGGGUCAGCCAUGGCUGUGUCAGCAAAAUUCUCGGAAGCUAUCAAAAGGAUCUUAAAAGAUAUUAUGAAACCGGCAGUAUUAAACCUGGAGUUAUUGGGGGGUCCAAACCAAAGGUGGCGACGCCCAAAGUUGUGGAUAAAAUUGCAGAUUACAAGCGCCAGAAUCCCACAAUGUUCGCCUGGGAGAUCAGAGACCGACUUCUUGCCGAGGGCGUGUGUGACAAUGACACUGUACCAAGUGUUUCAUCUAUAAACAGGAUCAUUCGAACCAAAGUCCAGCAGCCUUUCCACCCAUCCUCGGAUGGCACGGGAACGCCUCUCUCCACAGCAGGACACACUAUAGUACCCAGCUCGGCGUCCCCACCUGUGUCAAGCGCUUCCAACGACCCUGUGGGGUCCUACUCUAUUAAUGGCAUCCUCGGGAUCCCUCGCUCCAACGGCGAAAAGAGAAAACGCGAUGAUGUUCUCUGGAGUGGCAACCACUUGGAUGGGAGGAAAAUAGGAUAUUAUGGUUCAGAUGGCUCUGGCCCAAACAGUGAUUCUCAGGGUAGCGUGGAGAGUUUACGGAAGCACCUGAGGGCCGAUGCCUUCACUCAACAGCAACUGGAGGCUCUGGACCGCGUGUUCGAGCGGCCGUCGUACCCUGACGUCUUCCCAACGUCAGAGCACAUCAAGCCAGAGCAGGCUAAUGAAUAUUCGCUACCAGCACUGAACCCUGGACUGGACGAAGUCAAGCCCAGUCUGUCGACCAGCGCCAAUUCAGAUUUGGGCUCCAGCGUGUCACAGAGCUACCCGGUAGUGACAGACUUGCAUUCAUCCUCGAUGUGCGUAAAGCAGGAGCCGCAUGAGGCUUCCCUGGCUCCGUUCACCCCCUCCUCACUGGCAGUCUCGGGUCUAGCGGAACUGUUGCCCCUCCAGCCCAGCGUGUCAGUAGAUGCCUCCACCCCCUGCUACGGUGCCUAUGCCCAUCAUGUCCCCAGCUACUGCCAGUAUGCAAGCCAGCCUUUUAUAGCAGGUCGAGACAUGGCCAGCACGACCCUACCAGGGUACCCACCUCACGUUCCCCCCACUGGGCAGGGCAGCUACCCCACCUCUACACUUGCUGGAAUGGUGCCUGGAAGUGACUUUUCAGGAAAUCCCUACUCUCACCCACAGUACACAACCUACAAUGAAGCUUGGCGGUUCAGCAACCCCGCGUUAUUAAGUUCCCCUUAUUAUUAUAGUGCCGCAUCCCGGGGCUCCGCCCCUCCCACUGCUGCCACUGCCUAUGACCGCCACUAGUUACCAUGGCAACCCAAUCAAACUGCAGGACCAUGGCCGCGGCCUCCAUAUCGUACCAGUCUGAAAGCCGUUAAAGUCAGAGGGAUUGAAGAAGGCUACGCAAUCUUCAGUUUCAUGGGGUCGAGAUCGGAUUAGGAGGGUCGAGCAACAGCGCCCCCCCCCCCCCAAAGACAUCAACUAUACCCCCCCCCACAUCAUCGACACUAAGGCUCUCGUUCUCUAAAUCUCUGAACAAUGACUGAACUAUUUCCUGAAAGACUUCUGAAAGAUUCUACAAAAAUAUAUAUAUUAUACAAGAUAUAAAACAAGACGAACCGUGUGAAGACUACAAAGUAACAAUUGAUGUGUUGUUGUUUUUUCUUUCUCUCUUUAAAUCAAUCAAUACAUUCCUCUACAUGCUGUAUUUAGUAUCGCUAACAGUUCACACACAAGGUUGCCUGAGGCCUUUAAAGUAAUUUGCCCAUGUCCUACCAUUUCACGAGUGUCUUACCUCUCACGGACGGAACAGCAAUGUGUACCACUCAGUUGAGCAUAAAAGGAAACUGCUCAGUUUUCUGUCAAACAGAACAGCAAAACAGUUUUCGAAGCCAUCACUGACUCAUGGUAUGAUUUAACAUUUUCUGUGAUACACAAUCAAAAUGGGGGAAAAGAAAAUAGAAAAAAGAAAAAUCAGGUCAUCAACACUGGAAAGAAAAACUAUUGCUGUACAUGACCUGAAAAGAAAUCAGUAUAUUAAAUUAUUGUUUUGGUUUAGCUGAUGGUUUGUGUGCGUGUGUGCAUUUAUGAGUGUCAUACAUUUUUCAGAUUUAUCAUGUGUAAUAUCGUUGGUGCCGCUUUUCUCGUUUGCACUAUUUUGCAUCACUGCAUUUAUAAGUACAAAUGAAUCACAGUUAUCUUCUGAAGUUUGUCAGAUUACAUGUUAUAUUUAAGUACAGAGGUCUACUGUAACUGUUGGAGUAAAAGCAACACUGGACAAAAAAAUGACAAAAGCUGAUCAUCUUUUAUUUACACACUAGUCUUUGUUCCUUUUAAGGAUUCAUUUGUUUCACACUAAAGGACAAAAUUUCUAUAUUGUGGACCUGAGACAGACCUACUCUGGCUCAAAAAAAAAAUCAUUAAUUGUACAACAAAUGCCUUACAGCUUUUUUAUUUUUAUUUUUUUCUCUUUUUUUGCUAUGGUCCUGAGAGGUAGACAUGCAUGUAACCCUUCUGUGGUUCAACAAACAUUUCUCUAAAUGCUAAGUGGGAUAUCGAGGAAAGGAAUGAAAACGGUCCAUACACACACUGGAAAUGUAAAGUGAAUGUACUUUAUACCACGUUUGCCAAAGACUUAGUUUGAUAUUUAAUAUUUUAUUUGCUGUAUCUGUCAAUAAAACAGUAUUAUGUUUUAA